AUAUCAAUAAUAAAAUAUCCUACCUGUAAUGAACGACACAGUUACCUAAGGUAUAUUUUAGUCCGUGUUUGAGAUUAAGUUGUCAUCACUCAAGACCACGAAUUAAGAUAUACUAAGGUAUAUGUACAUUCCACAAAUAUAUAUAAAAACUAGAUAGCCGACUUCAAAUACAUUGUAUUUAAUAAUGAUGCCUAUCGCCAUUUGGGCAAUGUUUACAUCAUGUUAUCAUUUUUGUGAUGUCAUUAUCGCAGAUAAAUUUAAUAACCAUAAAAUAUUAUAUGGCAACGAAAGAAUUUUUAAAUAUUACUCAAGAGAUAUAUGGCGCUGAGCAUCAUAAUUUUAUACUGAGUAGUUUAUCUAAUUUUUAUAUAUAUUUGAGAGUAUAACAUAAUUUGUGAUCUGUAAUUAAUGAUUGUAUUUGUUAUCACUUAUUAUCAAUUAACUUUCGAAUGUCGAAAUUAUUUAAAAUCAGUUAUUUUUUAAUUUCCAUAAAUUUGUAAUUAUUAAUUACUGAAAUGAACGUACAUAUUCAAUUACUAUGGAUAUUAAUGAUAUUAAAUGUUUAAAAUGGAACAAGUCAAAUUUUAAACAAUCCUAUGGUAAGUAUAGUUUUGAAAUUUUAAACAUAGUUAAUAAUUAAAUAUCUAUUUUCAACAUUAUUUUAGAGUUGGAUUGCACAAAAUACACUUUGGCUUUGAAACCAUCAUGUUGGCUGAAUCUGAAAACAAGAGGAUGCCCUUUAAAGGUAUCUUAUUUAGGACAAACAAACCGAUUGGCUUCUUUAGACAAUCUGAAUAUUAUAACUGUACACGAUUGGUCCAAGGCUAAUAUUAAAACUAUUAAGUAAGAUUUUUAAUUUAUAUUUCAUUAGUGAUAUUCCAUCAAAAUUGCCAAAUUUUGCAGGUCAAAAUAUACACAUACUAGUAAACUAACAAAUUUAUCAAGCAACUAUUCUGGGAACCAGAUUGCUACAUGUUCAGAUAAUGGAAAAAUUCAAUUAUGGAAUUUUAAAGUAAUAAAUUUAUUUAUGUUAUACGGCAUUUUAAAUUUUCAGUUAAAUUUGUUUAUAGUUUUCAAACUGCAUGAUGUCAACCGAAUUUAGAGGUCAUUACCAGUCUGUGCGUUAUAUUGCAUAUUCUACGAAUAAUAAUUAUUUGAUAUCUUGUUCCAAUGAUAAAACUUUUAAAAUAUGGGAUUGCCAAACCACUAAGUUUUUAGCUAGUAAUAUGUUUCAUCACAAUUGGGUUAACGAAGCAAAGUUUUUUAAAGAAAACAAAGUUGUUGUGUCUUGUUCUAGAGAUUCACGUAUCCAAGUUUUUGACUGUUGCUCUGGAAAAUGUGUUGCCAAAUUUAAUCUCAGUCCAGGUUAAAAAUAGAAAUUAUCUACAAAUUAACAUAAAAAUAAAAUUUCCAUUAUUUUAAUUACUUAGAUUAUGCUGAAACUCUUGCUCUUCAAGAAGAAUUUUCAAUAGCUGUUGGUACCCAACAAGGCACUGUGCAAGUAUUUGAUUUAAGAGCAUUAAAAGUUGUACAGAAAUAUAGUGAACAUACAAGUCAAGUUAAUUGCAUUCAAUAUCAAUAUAAAACACCAUGUUUGGUCUCAGUUUCUAAAGACAAAAAAUUAAAUGUAUUUAAUACACUUAAAUAAUUAAUAUAAAUCUAUUUUAUAAAUUAAGUUUAUUCUAAAUCUAAAAUAUUACUUAAUUGUAGGUUUAUGAUACAAAUGAAGGUAGGUUUUUGUAUUCAAUUGAUCACUUCAAUGAAAUAAAAACAAUGGAUAUUUCUUCAGAUGAUCAGUUACUUGCUACAACAUAUUUUCAUUUUGAUAAUGAGGUGAAAAUAAAAAUAUUAGUAAAACUUAGUGUUAUAUAAUAACUUAUAACUGUGAUAUUUUGUUUCAGAUUAACCUAUGGAAAUCCGUAUCCUUUUCAAUUUAAUAUUUUAUACAUUAUGCAUUUUAAAUGUGAAAUAAUAUAAAUACAAAAAUACUUAAUUUUAACUUUUUACACGUGUUUUAUAUUUGAAGUACAAUUUUAAUUGAAAACAAUUUACAUUCAAUAAAUACGUAAAAAAAAGAAAAAGCACAUUUAAAUAUAUAUAAAUGCUAAAGAUUUCCAAUCCAUAAAAAUAAAACUUUUUCAAUUUAUAAAGUGUUUAUUGUGAUAAGAAAAAUAUUGGUUACAAUUUUUUUUAUCUCAACUAAUUGCUCGAAUUUGUGUAAUUACACGUCAUUAGUGAUUGUUGUUGCUGUCGUUGUUUUUGUGUGUGUAAUGUAGGUUGGUAUUGAUCCAAUCAACGACAGAUUUAUUACAUAUUAAGUGUGUGUAUUCUAAUCAGACGGUCUUUUUUCACCAAAUUUUUUAGCAUACUCUUCAGCAUUUUUGAAAAACUUUUUGCGAUCUUUCAAAUACUCUUCUGCUAACUCUGCACGUAAAGGAUGUUCAGGUUCAGGAUCAUUGACUAGAGCUAUUAGAGCUUGAAUAACUAAAUAAAUAGCCAACAAGUUUUGAUUAUUUAGAUAUUUUGGAAUAAAAUUAGUAUUAACUUGUAAAAAAAAAGUUUGCGAACCUUGAUCGGCUUUGGUAGCUGGUUUCCAAUUUUCAGCACUGAUAAUUGGCAAACAAACCUGGCCCUUUUCAUCAAUAUUAGGAUGAUAAAUUUUAGUUUUAAAAUUGAUUUUAGGUGGUUUAAAUGGAUACUCUGCAGGAAAAUUGAUUUCUAUUCUAAAUGCACCUUUAUUAUAUGGAGGGUUUUCCUGUAAAAUAGUACAAUUAUUAGAA